CGUGCGUGUAGAAGUGGUACAUUGAUUGAUCGACGGGGGUUCUUGACGCGUGGGUACUAGAACGCUCACAUGGAGGGGGCUAGUACAACAUCCUCGGCGACGUCUUCUGUCGACGGACGAAGCGCCGGGGGCGGUACCUCCCACAACACUACCGCAUCCGCGUCGGAUUAUUUGAACAUCGGAAUGUUUGCCUCGGGAAACACGCCCGGGGGCAGCGACUUACUCGGAAACAGCAACGCGGUCUUCUUGGGGAAUGGCUUUGGAAAUAUUGAUUCUACCAAUACAGCAGCAGUAUCAGCACUAGUGAAUUCGACAGGGACAAGCUUUGAUUUGACAGAUUUUCCUAGUUUAGCGGGAGGAAUAGGUGGGGCAAAUGCGAGCGUAGCCGGGAAUGGCCUAGCUGCCGCGUUACGACAGCAGCAACAACAACAACAACAACAGCUAUUGGCGCACCAACAAAUGCUGCAAAGCAAGGGAGGUGUAAGCAACGCUUCAAACUUAUACCGACUGGCUAUGUCGGGAGCCAACGGAAAUUUUAACAUGGCAACCGAAGACUUCCCGGCACUAGGGGCCAACGCACCACAGCCAGCACCGAGUGGAUCCUCAGCGCUGAAUCCGUCAUCGCUGUUGUCGGGAAGCAUGCCUGUAUCGAGAGGCGGCAAUGCCAACGGAAACGUUGGUGGCUUGUACGCCGAUAUCGAUACCAACAAGAACAAUACUGCUAGCAGUGGCUCCCAGUUAGAUGUUUCAGGUGGUCUGUUAGGUGGUACAGGUCUUGGUGGACUAGGAGGUAUUCGAGGUCUUCAGCAAGCCGGUAUGACCGGGGCUGGAAAUGCAAUGGGACGAGCGCCGUCAUCGACGGUACCGGGUGCGGGAGCAAUAGGUUCUUCGAGCUCCGGAGGGGCAGCGGCUGGUGGUGCACUGACUGGUGAUUAUGGUUUGCUGGGAUUACUAGGAGUCAUCCGAAUGACCGAUGAUGAUAGAAAUACUCUGGCACUGGGGUCAGAUCUGACAAUGUUGGGUCUGAACUUGGGAUCGACCGAACAGAUUUACAGUACAUUUUCUAGUCCAUGGUCGGACAAUGUCGCAACAAAAGAACCGCAUUAUCAGCUUCCUGUGUGUUACUAUAUGCAACCACCAGCACUGAAAACAGGCCACCUGUCAAAGUUCCAACUCGAAACCUUGUUUUAUAUCUUUUAUGCUUUGCCAAAAGAUGUUUUACAAGCGUACGCAGCACAGGAACUAUAUUCACGGGAGUGGAGGUAUCACGGAGAGCUUAAGUUGUGGUUCAAGCGAGCAAGUCCUUCGGACGGCGUGUCUAGCAGUUCAAGUGGAUCACCGCAGUACCUCUACUUCGACAUUAACUCAUGGGAGCGACGCCUUUUUAAUGGCAGCAUGAACCAGAACAUUACUAGCGGCUUCAUUACGGAAGACGAGGUACAAGUCAAGUUCCCAAGCUCAUGAGUUCAUUGUCUCAGUUAAGUUGGUUUCAUGGCUAAAUUAGCUAAGGCGUCGUAGUCAGGCAAGCUAUGGAACUAAUGAUAUACUAGUUGCAAAUGAAAAAACGCAUUCUGCUCUUUGCUGACUUACUGCCAAUAAAUUGUUAGUCGAUAGGUAUAAUUCCAAGUAAUUUAACAACCAAUAAGAGCU